GUUUUCUUUCUUUUUCAGUCCCCGCCUCGGAAGUAUAGACGCAUUUGUCUAUAUUCCGUUUGUUUUCUUUUUUAAUAUAUGCCUUAAUCCCCCUUAACUUCUUUAAACAAAAUGGAGGCGAAGACGGAAUUGUAGAGAUGCCUCGAUUCAACCUGUUCUUUUAUUUAAUCUCAGUUUAAUGGACCGGAUGAUCUCCAAGUCGGACUGCGUUUCCCACAGCCUUGCAGGGGAGGUUGCCGUAUCCAGUAGGGAGGUAGGCUUUUCCUGGGUUCGUGAUGAAAUUUGCCGAACCCACGGAAGGCCAGAAGCUGUCUUUUCUCCUGGAAAAGGCUGCUUCUAGGGAAGCCAAGCUGUGGAGGAGCUAUGUGCCGAAGAAACCAGCCAAUCAGGAUACAGAUAUCUCCCCUGCCCAGCGUGACGAGGCCGUGCGGUGGCUCACUGAUGUGCACCGAAGCUUGAAGCUUUAUCCAGAAACCCUCUGUUUGGCCAUCUCCAUACUCGACCGCUUUCUCUCCACCAUUAAGGCUCGUCCCAAGUACCUGCGCUGCAUUGCAAUCACAUGUUUCUUCCUGGCAGCUAAAACAAGUGAAGAGGAUGAGCAUAUCCCUGCUCUUAGAGAGCUGAUCAGCAGCAGUGCUUGUGGAUGCACUCCUUCAGAGGUGUUGAGGAUGGAGAGGAUCAUUCUGGAUAAACUCAACUGGGACCUGCAUGCAGCCACGCCUCUUGACUUCCUGCAUAUUUUCCAUGCAAUGGUGUUCAGCUGCAAGGCUAUGAGUUCAAGUGUGUUAUUGGGUCUGAACCGAUCACAGCACCUUGCCCUGCUCACUCAGGAGCUGCUGCACUGCCUUUCCCAUAAUGCACUAUUGCAGGAGCGUGGCUCCAUGCUGGCCCUUGCUCUCGUCACGCUGCAGCUGGAAAAGCUCUGUCCUGAUUGGCUCGCUCUUGCUGCCGACCUGCUGCGCAAAGUUCAGAUUGACAGCUCCAAGCUGAUUGGCUGCCGAGAGCUAGUGGCACGUUGUCUCUCCACACACACGGCAUCCCUGCCUCCCAACACUGUGUACGUCUGCCACCCGCUGCAAACCCCUUACGACCCUAGCGUGACCUUUCACCCUGUCCUACCACCUCUGCCACUGCGCAGGAAGCCCUCGGCUAAGCGCAAGGUGGAGCAGAUGGACGUGGAUGAAUACUUUGAUGGCAUCAAGCGUCUCUACAACGAGGAGGAGCUAGGAGGAGGGGGUGGGGUUACGUCAGGGUACCAGUCCAUAGAGGGCGAGUCCACGCCAUGCCCUGCCCUUCAGCCUGUCGCUGUCUCUGAGCAGUGCGCUUGGCGUUGAAAUGGGGCUAGACCGCAGUUACGACAGCUUCCCUCAGUCCUUUAGAGCAGAGCAGAGCUAAAACACACACACACAAUAUGCUACAGUUAUUUCAUAACCAUCUAUCUGUAAAUUCUAAUCACAAGAAAAAAGGAAAAUAUUCCAAAAAAAAUGUAGGAGGUACUACUUCCCAACCCACUCGUACUAAAAUAUGUCUCUGUACAUCACUGUCAUGUGUCUCAUAUCUGUGAAGAUUUUGAAAUCUAACUUUGUCUGUUUUCUCUUGCACACCUGUAUGAGUGCUGUGUUCAUCUCAUGCUUUUCUUUAUUUCUUGUCUGAGUGCAUGAUAGUCAUGAAUGUUAAUUUUGAUUAAAGCGCUUAUUUUAUAAUGCCACUGUUUAAACAAUUAGAAUUAAGCUAAAUGAGUUUAAAAUUUUAUAGAACUACAUAUCUCUCCCCCCCCCCCCCCCCCCCCCAAUGCUAUUCUAUUCUGUUGUUCUGUCUUGGCCAUUUAAGUGUGUGUGGUUGAGCAGUGAUAAUAUCCCUAUCACUUCUGUUAAAAGAGCAUUAACAAAGAAUUCAAGUGAACACCAUCUGAUCACACAUGGCACAAGAGACUGUUUGUGUUUGUUUGAAAAGGUACUAUAUCUGUAGGAUCACAUUAACAAAAAAGGUUAAAAAAAAUAUACAAAAUCUGUUGAAAUGGCACAAAAAAAGCUUUAGACUAUUACCAUUCCUUUUCUCUGAUAAUUUUUUUUUCUUUUUUUUCCCCCCCUCUGGCUCUGUACUUCUCUGGAGGGAGGAGGGAAGCCCACACUGCCGAAACAUCACCAUCAAGGUUCAAAUAAAUGGAAACCAUCUACUA